AUGCCUGGAUUCAUGAUGGAAUUGCUUCGUCAGCAGAGAGAGAUGAUGGCAAUGAACCAGCAGCUCGUUGCGACGAUGCUCCGGAGAAUGGAUCUGGAGGAAGAGAGAAGGAACAAAGCGGAAGAGAAAGUUCACGAGGCAGCUGAAGCGGCCAAGCAGGCAGCAGAGGCAGCUAAGACUCGGGACCCCUUCCAGCCGAGCACUGCUCCCGCGAGCAGUUCUGCCGCGAGUUCGGCAGUUUCUCCGGCAGUUCCGUCUCCCUCUGGGUACUCUGGUGCUGGAGGCCGUGCAGAGAAGUAUCUGCCGAACCUUCCGGUGAUAGAUCAUCAAGGCAUGGGUAAAGGGCGCAUGAAGGAGGUAGAGACUUGGCACUCCUUUAUGGAGACGCUGAGUUCCUGGCUUGCCCUGCAGGAGGAAGCGUUUGUUCGGGAACUGCAGCUCUGUAUCCCUGUGAAGAAGGAGAUUGUGCAAGCUGACUUGAAUCCAGAGACUGCCGCGCGUAGCUCCAAGCUGUUCUACUACUUGACGCAGUCCCUCGCCAAGUGGGAGCGGGGAAGCGAGCUCUUAAGGUCCUGCUCGAAGAGGCAGGGGCAGAGCGCCUGCGGCUACGAGGUGAUUAGAACGAUUACCUCUCAGUACUCCAUCGUGUCGCGGAUGGAAGCUGUCUUCGUGAGAGAACAGGCUUUGAAGUUGUACCAGCACGUUGGGCAUUUGAAGAGGCCCACCGACUUGAUUCGACAUCUUGAGGAUUCGUUUUCGAAGUCUGAAGCGAAGCUGAGCAACUUUCCGGAGCUUCUGCUGUCUGAGGCUGACCGCUGCUCUGUCCUGUUACAGAGCUUGGGUGCAGAAGUGCGUCAGUACGUGGUACUGCACGGGUCCAGCUCGAACUGGGAAGCUCUUCGAAGGACGCUGACUUACUACGAGGAGCAGCUGCGACUGUGUGAGGCCCCUGGGUCUUCGGGCCGAGCCUUGCAGGAGAAGCUUUGCGACUACUGCGGGAAGAAGGGACACACAGCCGACAAGUGUUGGCAGCGCCAAAAGGAAGAACGCGAACGCGGUGGUGCUCCGAAGGGCAAAGGGAAAGGAGACAAAGGAAAGCCGAAAGGCAAAGGCGACCAGACUCCCAAGGGAUCUGGUACGCCCCGUGGUUCCGAGAAGGGCAAGGGCGACAAAGGAAAAGGCGACAAGGGCCGAGUCGGGAGGAAGCGCCACAGUGAUGGCGAUGAGGUUUUCCUGUCCUGGGCGUGGUUCUUCGGAGCCCUCUUCUUCGGAUUUCGUGUUGUCAAGAAGUACGACCGAACGGCCAAUCUGUUCAACGCCUCGGGUGGUGCGAUCGUCGUGUCGGGGGUUGUCGACCUUGAGGUUCAUUUUGGUGAUGUUUUCCUGAGGUUGGAAGAGGUCUUGGUGGCGGAUGUUGGGUUCAACGUUGUUUCGCCUUGGACCGGGUCGGAACGGGGCUGGAAAACCUAUCUAGCCAAAUCGGGAUCACGAUUGUACAAAGGAAACGGAAAGAAGAGCAUCAAGCUGAUGGGCGCUUCGCGCGCCUGGUGGGCUCUGAGCGGGAGGUCCAAGGGCCGGGGGAAAGAGAAUUCUUCCAGACGCCCCCCGAAAGGGAUCGAGGAUAUGGAGAUAGAUGCCUUGAAGGACCGCGACCUGCUAGGAUCGAGCAAGGAGUCCACCGCAGGACCCCAGAAGCCUGGAGAAGGAAUCCUGAAGAAAGGAAGAAAGACUUCGGAAGAAGACGAGUCUGGGCGGAAGUUGCUCCAAGAGCGCCUGCACCACGGGAGAUUGAGCUUUGUGAUUUUCUAG